AUGGCGAUGGCGGCGGCCGGGCGGCUGGAGCAACAAGGCGAGGACGCCUUCAGGAGGCUCUUCAAGUACUACAAGAGGCGCAAACCCCCGCCAGACCUCUCCGCCGUGCUCGACUUUUCCAGAGCUCAGAAAAAUCUCAAAGUUCUGAUUGCACCACUUCAUGCAGCCUCUGUCAGCGAUAGGGAUGCCUGUAAAGCUGGACUACGGCCAGUUAGGAAGUGGAAAGCGUAUACCUUAGCUGGUUAUCCAGGAUUCACGUUCAUUUCGGAUCCCUUUCUUCCUGGAUGGCAGCGAUACUGGGCCAAGCAGUGUUUGAAAAUCUACCCUCGGAAACCAAAUGUCUGCAAUUUAGACCUGCACAUGUCACCCGAGGAAACCAAGGACCUGUGGGAGCAAAGCAGAGAACAGCUGAGGCUAAAAGGCUCUGACAAACGAGAGGCUAAAAGCUUGCUGGAGAAACUUCGUUGGGUUACCUUAGGAUAUCACUACAACUGGGGAACAAAGAAAUAUUCGGCCGACCACCAUACGACAUUCCCCGUAGACCUGGCGUACCUGUCGGAGCAGGUGGCAGCAGCUUGUGGCUUCCUCCAGUUUAAGGCAGAAGCCGGGAUAUUGAACUACUAUCAUUUUGACUCUUCGCUGGGCAUUCACGUGGACGAAUCAGAGAUUGACUGCUCCAAACCCCUCUUGUCAUUCAGCUUUGGUCAGUCGGCUGUGUUUCUGCUUGGAGGCCUGAAGAGACAGGAUUGCCCCCUCCCCAUGUUCAUGCACAGCGGCGACAUCAUGAUCAUGUCGGGCGGCAGCCGCCUCCUCUACCACGCGGUGCCCCGCAUCCUCCCUAAUGUGGAAGGGGGGCUACUCCCCAGCUGUUUGGUGCAGACAACAGCCAGCAACAACCAUCAAAGCGACGAAGGUGACUGGCAAAUCUGCGCUAAAUACCUGGAGAGCUCCAGGGUGAACAUGACUGUGAGACAGGUGCUGGGAGCUGGACAAUGUUUCCCAGUCGAGACAGACUGUGAAAGGAGAGAUGCCGCCCAGGCUUAUCCUCAAGACUACUCCACGGAAAAGAAUGAACGGAAAUUGGACAGGACUGAUGUGGCAGAGUCUCCAGAACUCCUCUGACCAUUCCUGAAAAUUAUAUGGAGGAGUUUCUGUCAAGGCAGGGUUGCCUCAGCUCUCUUUAUCACACACCAUGCUGGAGAUAAAGGUUCAGGCAGCAUCUCUGGAGAGAAAGAAUGGGUCAUUCAUCUGCCUGAUCCGCUGAGUUACUCCAGCAUUUUGUGUGUGUGUCUUCGAUUUAAACCAGCAUCUGCAGUUCUUUCCUCACAUUCUCUUGAUCACAAGAUAGCUUCUUGUGUUUUAGAAACAUAGAAAUAGAAACAUACAAAUUAGGUGCAGGAGUAGGCCAUUCGGCCCUUCGAGCCUGCACCGCCAUUCAAUAUGAUCAUGGCUGAUCAUCCAACUCAGUAUCCUGUACCUGCCUUCUCUCCAUACCCUCUGAUCCCCUUAGCCACAAGGGCCACAUCUAACUCCCUCUUAAAUAUAGCCAAUGAACUGGCCUCAACUACCCUCUGUGGCAGAGAGUUCCAGAGAUUCACCACUCUCUGUGUGAAAAAUGUUUUUCUCAUCUCGGUUUUAAAGGAUUUCCCCCUUAUCCUUAAGCUGUGACCUCUUGUCCUGGACUUCCCCAACAUCGGGAACAAUCUUCCUGCAUCUAGCCUGUCCAACCCCUUAAGAAUUUUGUAAGUUUCUAUAA